CUUUCUUCUCUGUGCUUUUGCGAUGACAUUUGGAUUUGUUUUCAUUUCUGAAAACGCUACACGUGCAUUGCAUUCAUCCUCCUUCAAACCAAUUGAAUCGUCAAGUUUUGAAUAAAAUAACGAAAUAGUUUAAACAAAUCUUUUAAAAACAAUGUCCGAUGAAGUGACCAAUAAUCCUGCUGCGCCACCCUUUAAGCGAAAUAAGAAAAAGAAGAAAAAUGCUCGAUUCCUUCGUAAUGCCAAGGGUUUUGCUAAGCAGGGCAUAUUCGGAAGAGGAACACAUAUCGACGAUGACCAAUACAACUAUUUCAUCAACAUUCUAGAUACUAUGAAACUUGGUUUUGAAGAUGUAGAGGAAAAAGUUAUGAUGGCCAAUAAUGUCUUUGAACAGUCGAAGGGAAUCGAAGUACAUUUGGCCUCGAAUCAAAUUGUAUGUAAAGUAUUGGAAUCUUUAUGUGGAUUUGUGGAACCUGCCCAGUUGGAAUCAUAUUUUCAAGCAUUCGCUGACAACUUUCGUCCCAUUUGCUCGGAUCGCUUUGCUUCACAUGUGUUACAGAAAAUGGUGGAAAUUGCCUUCCUGAGAUGUGUUAAAAACGAGAAGGCAAAAAGUGCUAAACUCGAUGAAGAGGACGAAGAUGAAGCUGAGCAUGGUCCACCAAGUAAUAAGAAAACGAAAAUGUCUCAAAGUGUUGCUAGCGAAGAGCGAUACAACUUGGAUACUGAUUUUCCCGAAGAACACAAACAAAAUUGUGCAAAUUUUGUGUUAAGAGUGGGCAAAUUUAUGUUGAAUAAUUUAGAAGAUUUCGUUUGGGAUUCCUGUGCCAGUCACAUAAUGCGCACAUGUAUUCUAUGUCUCUCGGGAGUCCAUGUACCCAAAGUUGCCUUUGAGAAAGGAGGAGCUUCAAUGGCACAAGAACGUAAGGUAUAUGAAGUUUCCGAAGAGUUCCAUGAAGUUGCCAAGGAAUUUGCCCAACGUUUAGAAAUGUGGCCACAAUUUCCUGACUUUCCAUAUGAUGAGCAUUCAUCGGCCCUACUGAGUGUAUUGUGCGUAGCUCUAAAGGCCAUUGAUAAAAACAUGUUAAAACAUUUUGGUAAAAAGAUUUUGAUGGAAGCACUGCUUAAAGUGGACGAAAAUGGAGAUGAUAAGAAAAUCGAAAUAUUGGACGAUGAAGAAGAACAAAAAGCAAAGGAAGGUGAAUCGGAGAACACAGCAGAACAAUCCAGUGUACCAACGCCCAAAUUGCCAAAUGUAUUUCUUUAUCAAAGUUCUGUUAGAUUAUUGGAGACACUGAUAACGGUGGCUGGUCCCAAACUUUUAACUCAGCUAUAUGCCAUGCUAUUCACCAGUAAAUUGGCCAUAUUGGCUAAAGAACAUAUGACACAUUUUUCUGUGAAAAAACUACUGGACAAUAUGAAGGAAAAGGAAGAUUUCGAAAAUGUUUUCCAAGAACUACAUGAGCACACCGAGGAAUUACUGAAAAUCGGCCAUACAGCCAUAAUAUAUGGCCUCUCAUCGGCCUGUCUACGUCUUCAAACCAAACAAGGACAGUUUAUUUCCGCUUUACAACAGGCAUUGCAUGUCAACGCCGACAAAGAGAAAAUGAAAUCGUUCUUCUUGUGUUUGAUAAAGUUGAAACCAUUUGAAAUAUUACAAGAGGAUAAAUCGAAUUUUGUCCAUUUACACGGUUCCCUGAUAAUACAAGAUAUUUUGCGGUUUAACAAACCCAUUUUCCUUGUGAAUUGCAUAUUGGAAACAUCGUCUGAGUACUUGGUGUCUGUAUUCAACACACCCAAUGGUUCGCAUAUCUGUGAUGCAUUUUUACAAAGUAAAUUUAUUGGUGAGAAAUCACGUGAAAAGUUAAUCAAACAUUUGGAAGGCUAUUAUGUGGAUUUGGCCAUAACGAAAUUUGGCUCCCGCGUUGUUGAGUCAUGUUUUGCGGCAGCAUUGGAGCCACAAAAGGCGAAAAUUGUCAAGGAGUUGGCGGAGAAAUCAAAUAUGUUGAAAGGAUCUCCAUUUGGAAAAUUAGUUAGUGCCAAAUUACGAGUAGACACAUAUCGUCUAUCGGCUGAGCAGUGGAAGGCAAGUCUAAAGAAAAAGGAAUCAAAAGCUCAAGAACUAUUUAAAGAUAUAAUAAAUUGAUAUGUUGACAAAAACAA